GGAUAAGCGCUGCCUCUGUGAGUGUGCGUCUCGGUCGCGGUGGAGUGAAGUGCACUGAUGGAGCGCGAGCGGCUUUAUUAUAACACACGGGGCGCGCGCACUCACUUUAAUUUCAAAGGGUGAAGCUGACGUCACGGCAGCUCCAAAGAAGUCUAUAGAAAAAGAGAGAGCGCAACAUUUCCUGGCCGUCAUUCUGCUGUGAGAGGGCAAGUGAGGAUUAGGAUGGUCAUCAGAGUAUACAUCGCCUCCUCGUCCGGAUCCGUGGCGAUGAAGAAACGUCAGCAGGCCAUUGUGGGCUUUCUGGAGGCCAACCGGAUAAGCUUUGAGGAGGUUGACAUCACCAUGCUGGAGGACCAGAGGCUCUGGAUGUACCAGAAAAUUCCUGAGGAGAAACGACCUGAAAAAGGCAAUCCUCUGCCCCCUCAGAUCUUCAAUGGAGAUGACUACUGUGGCGAUUAUGAAGAUUUCUUCCUGUCUAAAGAGACGAACACAGUGUUCUCAUUCCUCCGUUUGCCCUCUGUAAAGGACUCUGAAUCCUAGACUGCGUUGGUGACAUUUCCAUAGACUGAAACUGUGCUAUUGCCUCUCUCCUGUCGUGUAACUCUCGUCCCGGACUGAAGCCCUCACUGCCAGCGAUGCUUUUGCCAAACACACGCUGCCCUCCAGCUUUCUCCAUUCAUAAACACACACACGCACAGGGUGGUCAAUGUUUUCUAUGCCUAAUUAAAUAUUUAUAUGUGUUGCUGUUA